ACUAUGUACAUAUUUACAUACAUAGAUACAUACAUACGGAUUUUAAAAUUUUUUACAGUAUUAUUGUGCGCGUUUCUACCGCUUUACUUGUAUUAAUACGGUUAAAUGCCCUCAUUUUGCAUUGCUAGAUAAUUGUUCAGCUUUCAAAUACUGUUCAGAAGUGAAUCAUAAGACGCUUUAAAAGAUUAUAUUGUGUAACGUAUAUGUUCUUAUUUGUGUAUACAACAAUCGUGGAAAUUGACAGUUUAGAAACAACAUAUAAAAAAUUUCCAAUGAAUAUAAGUGCAUUUGAAGUGCGAAAAGUUUGUCAAAUAAGAUAAUAAAGCCUAUAAGCUAUAUAUAAUACAAUUACAUGAUCUUAUGUAUACCUAUAAAUCAAACUAAACAAUGAACAAACUUGUUCUGCUACUCCUUUUGUGUUUUUUUAAAACGAUUAUCGGAAUGAGAGAUGUGUUUGUUCAAAAAAUUGAAGCUUUAAUUGGAGAAAACGUUUAUCUACCAUGUAAUGUAACAAGCUACGAAGGCGAUGAAGCUGUUUUAGUUUUGUGGUAUCGAGAUGACAAAGGAACCCCCAUAUACAGUGUGGAUAUGCGCGCUGGUAUAUCGAAGGCACCGAAGCGGUGGUCUGAUGAAGCAGUCUUCGCGAACAGAGCAUUCUUUAUUUUUGAAAACGAACCUGGAAAGCUGUCCGUGGACAAAAUACAAGCAAGUGACUCUGGCGUGUAUAGAUGUAGAGUGGAUUUUUUGAAGGCACAAACUUAUAAUAGACGAAUAAGGCUAGAUGUCAUAACGCCUCCGAAACAGAUUCUUAUACGGGAUAGUGCUAAUGUUGAACGGUCCACGGUGGUUGGCCCAUAUAGCGAAGGAGACAUCAUUACCUUGAAAUGUCAAGUUGUUGGAGGUUACCCCACACCAUCAGUUACCUGGAGUCGGGAUGGGAUAGAAAUACCUAGUCAAAUUACGUAUUUAUCAGGAGGAAAAGUACUUCAAAGCGAAUUAUCUCUCGGACCACUACAAAGAAACGAUCUCAACUCAAGGCUUGUUUGUAAAGCGUUAAACCAUCCUAAAGCCUCUUCUGUUGAAGCUGUUGUUCAAAUUGAUAUGAAUUUUGCACCUUUAAAUAUAAGAUUGCUAGGUGCAUAUCAACCACUAUCAGCGGGCCGAAGAUAUGACCUUCUAUGUCAAAGUGCGGGAUCGCGACCACCUGCCGUAAUCACAUGGUGGCAAAAUGGUAUUAGACUGGAAAAGACAACUGAAACUACAUCAAGUGACGGAAAUCAAACGACCAGUACGCUUUCUAUCAAUUUAAGUAAGACCGAUUCCGGAAAAUUUUUAUCAUGUAAAGCAUAUAACCAUGCUGUCCCAUCUGAUCCUUUAGAAGAUGGAUGGAAAUUGGAUAUACAAUAUAUUCCUGAAGCCUACGUUCGUUUGGGUACAUCGUUGGAAGCCAAUGCCUUGCGAGAGGGAACUGAUGUUUACUUUGAUUGCUUGGUAAUUGCCCAUCCUCAGGUGUUUCGUAUUGAAUGGCGCCAUAAUGACCAUCAACUACUACAUAAUAUUUCGCAAGGAAUUAUUAUAAGUAACCAUUCUCUAGUUUUACAAGGAGUUACUCGAGCCACUGCCGGAAAUUAUUCCUGUGUCGGAUUUAAUGCGGAAGGAGAGGGUAUUAGCGAACCAUUUAACCUUAAUAUAUUGUAUGCUCCUACAUGUGCUCAAAAUCAGCCUAAGAUAUAUGGGGUAGCAAAACAGGAAGACGCACAAAUAAAAUGUGUUGUUGAUGCAAAUCCUCAGGAAGUUGACUUUAGUUGGACCUUCAACAACUCUGCUGAAAGUAUUGAUGUUGCGACAAAUCAUAUUUCCCGCAUUGGUACAACUUCUAUUGUAACGUAUACUCCAAUAACUGAACUGGACUACGGAACGCUUCUUUGUAUAGCAACAAACAAAAUCGGAAGACAGCGGAUUCCAUGUGUAUUUCAUAUAAUCGCCGCAGGUCGGCCAGAUCAAGUUCAUAAUUGCACUAUAUUAAAUAUUUCCAUGACGUCAUUAACCGCAACUUGUAGCGAUGGAUUCAAUGGAGGAUUACCACAACUAUUUAUACUAGAGCUUCAAGAUGCAAAUAAUAAAGAAAUCAAAGCAAAUAUUACAUCAACAGUUCCAAGGUUUACUGUAUCGGGGCUACAUCCGGGUAAUGUCUACAUAUUAUCCAUUUUUGCAUAUAACUCAAAAGGUCGAUCAGAUCCAACAGUAGUUAAUGCUGCAAUGUUAAGAAUGCCAGAAAAACAGCUGACAUUUGAACAAACCAAUAAACCACGAGCAGAGCUUCUAUUCUCUCCAAUGGUGUCAUUAACUAUAGGAUUAACUUUGGCUGUAUUUGUCGCAAGCCUAGCUAUAGUGCUCGCACUCCGAAUUCCUUGCGCCGCUACAUCACGAAGGCGACAAAAAGAACUGUCAAACGACCACGAGUCUAGAGAUGCGUCUCCUGGGCCAAGUGAUCACAGUGUCAAUAAGGAUAUUGAUGAAAAUGAUGAAAGAAAUCCUGAUGUAGUUCCAGAACUUAUUGAUUAUGAUGAUCAAGUCGAAUACACACGAAAGCGACAACAUAUAUCUACAAUAGAUACCAGUUGUAAUCCUUGUAGAAAUGUUCUGAUAAAUUCCGCCACGGGGCAGCAUAUGGACAUAACGGAAGAAACAUUAUGCGGGGCUCAUAGCAUUGGCUAUUGUACCUUACGCAGUGGAAGAAAUGCUCAAAAUAUAAGACCGGUUGUAACAUUGCCAAUGAAUGUUACACCCCAUGUGUAUUCAAAUGUCAUUGCUCAAUGUACCCUUCCUCGCCAGUCAUUUCAAAACGAGUGGCCCCCAUAUACAAGUAAUGCCAUUGAACCAAACCGUGUUACUCCCAACGUUUCAACAUUUCAUCAAUUACCGAUUUCUGCGGAAAAAAGUAAUACGCAUGUAUCCCGAGAGUCACCGGAGGAAUAUGCUGGAUCAUCAUCGUCUACUUCUAAUAGUUCUAUGAUUUCAGCAUCAAACACAUAUGCUCAAUCCCAUGGUCGAACCAUAGCGUUACAUCACAUGAAUCAAUCACAAACGAGCAGAGCUUGUAUGGGAGCACCAAGCAACAUCAUAAACACGAUUGAACCAACACAAUCUGAUGAUGAAGCUACCGUCCAAACUCCGCUUAUGAUAAAACGCGAUAGCUCCGUAUGACUAUAGAACUGUCACGGGGUGCUUAAUUCAACCCUGUGAUGAUCAAAAUAAAUUAGGCUAUUUCGAGAAAAGAGGCAAACUUAUAGAAUUACAUUGCAUUUUAUACAACUAAUCUUCAAUAUACAAAUAUAUUUAAGAGUAUUGCAGCCCCCAAAUAUAUCCUCAAAAAAUGUUUUGGAUUUUAAAUUGAUUGUAUUAAAGAAAGCAAUUUCUAUUUCAAUUUCUUUAGUUCCUUGUCUGUUUUUUAACAGAAUACUAUGCCAAAUUUAUAUAAUUAUAUAAUUAGUAUAUAACUAAUUUUAACUCCCAAUUU